GACUUUUAACGUUCACACCUUUUGAACAGUCAGUCUCGAACGCGCAUUGUUGGAGUUUGAGGGAUAAUGGGCCUGUUGUGACAUCAAGGUGUUCAUCGGCAUCAUCUGCUCUAUUCAUGUGCGCGCGCUGCACGCGGGAAAUUCUGGACCGACACCUGCUGAGGGUGAAUGGCUUAACUUGGCAUUUAAAAUGUUUGCAGUGCUCUGUGUGUGCAGUGUCUUUGGAUCAACACAACAGCUGCUUUAUCAGAAAUAAGGACAUUUUCUGUAAAACAGAUUAUAACAGUGCCUUUGGCAUAAAAUGUGCUCGUUGUGGCCAUCAAGUCAGUGCAAAUGACUGGGUUCGGAGGGCAGGGAACAACAUAUACCAUCUUGCCUGCUUUGCUUGCUUCUCUUGUCAAAGACAGCUGUCCACAGGGGAAGAGUUUGGCUUGGUGGAGAACCAAGUUCUCUGCCGCAUUCACUAUGACACAAUGCUGGUAAACCUACAGCACAUGUCAGAGGAUGGAAUACAUUUGGAGGGAGCUUUACCCACCGAGUGCCUCCCAAAGACAUCAAAAAGACCUCGUACCUCAUUCACUUCAGAGCAGUUACAGAUAAUGCAAACCCAAUUUAGCCAAGACAAGAACCCUGAUGCAAAGACACUGCAGAGGCUGGCAAACGUGACUGGGCUAAGCAGAAGAGUUAUACAGGUUUGGUUCCAAAACUGCAGAGCCAGACAGAAGAAGAACACAUUUCAUGACAACAUUCCCACACAGGGCAGAUACCAGACCUCUGGAAUGCCCUUGCAGUCAUGUUUUGCACUCAGGUAGACCUGAGACUCAGUUUAUGUCCUUAUGCAAUUAUUUUAUUAGGGUAUGAUGCUGUCCACAAAUGUGUUCACAGUGUCCUCUAUUUCAACAUUCAUACUGUGUUUCUUUACAGUGAGAUCUAUAUUUUGUCUUAAAGUAAUUAAAGUGGGCAGUGUUUUAUUUAUCUGUUGGGAGUCGGGACAUACUUCCUUACCGUACAUCUAUACAGAAACGGAAAUAAAACUAUGAUUAAUUCUUCUUUAAUAAUUCAAAAGGAGAAUUUCUGUUCAGUUUAGUAGCUGUAGCAGGUGUAUAUUUUCAACUGUCAAAGUUAGGUGUAAUGUUACCUGUCUCCUGAAGA